CAAUUUUUCUUCAAGGAAAUAUUAUAUACGAUUGUGUAUAUACAACGACGAGGUUUCAGACAUUAUCUACGAUAGUCGAACGUUCUAGUUGCUUUUUAAAGCGAGUAAAGACUGACUUUUUUUUUCUUUAUAGCUCGCGUUGAGAUCAAGUGUAUGUAUAUAUGUAUACUACGCCUUACUGAUCGAACGGUUAGAUCGAAUUAGAUAAUUUAAAUUGUCGAGAAGAGAGAGAGAGAGAGAGAGAGAACGUUUUCGAGACAAAUAAAAUUAGUGUCAACUCGCUAACUUGCACACUCCAUCGAGCGCGUUAAUUAACUUACGAUACCUGGAUAUAGAUAAGGAGACGUAAUGACGUAAUGACGCACCACGUUUACUGCGACGUGUUACUAAAUCGAACGAGCGUAUUAUUGAGAAAAAUCGCGCGAAACAUUUCCCCGGCGAAGCGAAAACUUGGAUUAUUUUUUCCCGGGGCGAAAAAUCCUUUGAUUCGUAUCGCGUUGAUUCAUGCGUUGCUGUGGAUACUCGAAGAAUUGUGGGAACAUUGGCGGAGUAAAAGUGAAGGAGCUGCAAGUCGGUUUCGCAAGUCGGAAAUUCGUACACGCGGUGGUUGGUCUGACGUAAUAAAACUCGUUACGAGUCGUUGCGUGUUCAAUGGCCCGUAUUGCGCGUUAUUUCUCAAACGAAGCGAGUAUCGAUCUCGCUGAUUUAGCCAUUUCCCUUGAAUUAUCGCGAGAAUUCACGGGAAGUGAGAUAGGAAGAUCGACGCGGUUGGAAAGAGAAUCCUUGCUUCCGCGUUUCUUGCAGUUAUUAAUAAAAAUAACCCGUUUCUGUUCUACACCGCGCUUCUUCGACGACGAUCUCACGGCCUGUAAUCGGGCGGCGGAUCUCCGGCCGAGCUAAUUAGAAACUUACGAUGACGAAGAAGAGGUUUCUGUUGGCGCGGGUUCCGAAAAAGCGAACGGAAGAGAUUGAUAAUCGAUAAAUCUGAAAAUAGUCAAUCCAUCGAUGAUGCGUACGCACGUCUUUUUAUCCGCGGUUUCGAUAUCGUUUCGAGAUUCUUUCAAUUAUUUCCAACUAGUUUAAACGAAUCCUCAAUCGAUCGUCGCGCGAUAUCUAAAUGCUUCGUGGAAAAUAAGAAAAAAAUCUCAACUAUAUUAUAGAAACUGUAAAUUAAAAACGAGCGAAUAAAUAUAAAAGUCGAAGUCGUUGCUCGUGUAUAUAUCAUCAUAAAAAUAUGAAUUCAUCGAAGAAAAAAUGUAACGAUCUUUUGAACGCGCAUCGACAGCGACGACGAUAGACGAAGCGUGGUGGCACGCCUCGAAAAGCAGGUCUGCCAAACCCCUCGAGCCAGGUGUGCAUUUUUGAGGCUGCAUAUCGUGACGCGAGUUGUUGCGAAUCGUUACCGAGUCCUUGGCGAGGCUUGAUUUACCACCGCCGUGCCGAGAGAAAUCGAUUCCACGCGAUACCGCCUUUUAAGCUCGAUGAACGGAAGACUUAGGCGGGAUCUGUAACGGACGAAAAUUGCAUGGAUGCAAUGUAACGGUGGUGACGAUCGUUUAUCGUCGAUCGAGCACGUGCCUGCCACUCGCUUUGCCAGCGUGCAACGUAAAUGGUUAAAACCACGCGAUGCGUGCGACCGGAAAAACAAUUUGAUCGUUCAUUCGAACUGGUUAACUGGCCAGGAAUUAAGUAACCCUUCGACGUUCGAUUCUAUUUCCGUACAAUUUGCAUAUCAUUUUAAUUGCCUUUAUUCAAAUUACAAUUCGUUUUUUCUUUGUUGAAAUUUGGAUGUUCAAUGAGACGAGUUGUUUUUUGCUUACUUGGAUUACUUUUCAAAAAAUUAAUAAUAAAACCUCGAAUUUUUUCACAUCGACAACUUUUCUUUUCGUCGUUUCCUCUUCAAGAUCAAGAGCGAGGUCGCAUUGCGCACGCGGCUUAACAGGCUUCGAAGAGAAGAAAGCCGAGUUACAAGAAGGGACUUAGCAGCACCGAGAACACGGAGCAAUUACUUUGCCCCUCCGUUUAAAUCGUUGGAGGAGUUUCGUUAUUAUUACCUUUUUUGCGUUGCAUUAAAGUCGGUCGCCUUAUUGGGCGCAAGCCUCUCUUUUCCUCCCACGAUUAUCCCAUCCUCGAUGAAUCGAUCUCUAUCUCUAUUUUCCAUGUAAUCGUUGCGUCAACGUUCGUUCAUCGGUUAGAUCCAAUUUAUCACACCUCUCCCUUCCCUUCUGAACAUAGUCGCAAAUUUCCGCUCGAUCGGUCGAAGGGAAGAAGAAUCGAAGAUAGAUUUCAACCCAUCCAACAUGAUGAACAUAUGGAUCGGCGAUCAAGAGCAGUAUUUCCUCGGCAAGAGGGCCAAGGAUCCGCCGGCGAAGAUCAUCGGCUCGAGGGCGAUGGAGCACUCCGAUCUACCGAACGUGGAACGAUUGAUACGCCCGGAAACGUAUGAAAUAUUCGGAGACUUGAACCUCGAACGUGUCUUGUAAUCUCGCCUAUCCAUCCAAUUGAGAAAUUUUCGAUAAACAAUAAAUACAAGGAGGUGGUGAUGAAUAAUUUGCAGCGAAACGAGUUGUCACUCGAUGGUUCAGUGGAACGAGAAAGGGGAGAUCGUUUCGGGCAUCUGCAUUUCCAAUUAUCCGAACGUGCCCUCGGUGAUUCCGGAAGAUUGGAUGAAUUGGUUGUACACGUUGUACAGGGUGCAACAAGUGACGGAAAAGAACUCGAUGUUCGUGCACGUGCUCGUGUGGGACGCGCGAUACACCGGCCACUUCUUCGAAAAACUUCUCUCCGGAUUGUUCGAUGUCACCUCGUAUUUGGAGUACAUACUCAUCGUGAUUCCUCCUCGGAUCAUUCUCACCGACGUUUUCGAACACCAGAUGAUCAAGAUUCCGUUGAAUUCUGGGAACGACCAUCCCUCGUACCAGUCCAUCUUCAUGAGCGAUCGUUUUCUGAAAAAACCAAGGCUGAAAAUUCGCCGCGUGGUGGAGGAGGAUAACGACGACGUGGUGUCGAUCAUCGACGCGGAGACGCCUCUGUUGAAAGAGUUUUACGGAGAAUUCUACGUGAGCGAGAUGGUUCGUAACCCCGACAAUUGUCGAAAAUUGAUCAUCUCCGAGGAGGACGACACGGCCACGGGUGUGAUGUUCAUUAACAAGAACAUAGACGUGGAAACGCUGAUCGACAAUUUCCAGCUGGUGCCGUACAACGGUCUUAAAAAACCGCACAAGAAAGAUGUCCUCCCGGAGGAAUACACGAGGCCCGACAGCGAGACGUUCUUCUCCUUUUUCACGAAGAAAUUGGAUAUCGACUCGGAACGAUCCUCCGUGAUAAUUUCUCCGGAAGAGAGCACGGAAGAGGUAACGGAAGAGCUGGACGAUCAACUGUUGGAAGUGAAAAAGUUCGAAGAGGUGGAUCCAUCGAUGAUGACAUUCAUCACCGAUCUUCCACGGAUAACUCGUCAUUUUAGCAUGUACUACGAGUCGAAAGUGGAGUCGAGUGCGUUCGUCGAGUCGUUGUUCCACAUUCCACGACGGACGAUAGUUACCAGCAUAACCGACGAGAUACGAUUGGAGACGAUCUAUACUCCCGAGCAGCCUGUUUAUUACGGCAAAGUGAACGCGUUCGUUCUCGAGAUUUUCGCGAUGAAACAGAAGAUGAAACUUCGGGAGAGUAGGAAUUUCAUCGAGGCCGCGUUCGAGAGCUUCCCGGAUUUGGAAUACUGCGUGAUCCUUUUGCCCUCCAAUCACGUGUUCAUCCCUCUUCUCCAUCAUUUCGUGCGGGUCGCUCCCAAGUGCAACAAAGAUUAUCCGAUGAGCUUGUAUCUAACGCAUCGUGCCGCUCUUCUCGGCCAGAUAACCCUCCGCGCGGGCAAGUCGAUCGACAAGCUGAUACUGAAGAGAUUUCUGAAAAGAAUCCUGAAAUCGGACUACGUUCUGCACGAUUUCGACAAAGCGACGAAUAAAAACCAACGAUCGGACAUGUAUUCUUACAUCUUCAAGUGGAACGACACGAUUAUCGGCGUUAUAAUUAUUCGCGUCGAAAAGGAAACGACGUACAUCAAGCGGCGUUAUCACAUCGAGGAUUACGUAGCGAUACAAAAUAUCCCCCUCAACGGUUACGCCCGUAUCCUCCAUUUUAUCAUAAUGCCAAUCUUCUCCAUUCACAUACCUUUCCUCAUCAGCGAGAUUUCACGUCUGAGCGGUUUUUUCGUCUUCUACUAUCGGCUCGAGGAGAGCUCGUUGAGCGCGCUGACACGUACGCAUCCCCUGGCCAUAUGCUUGACCGUCAUGAUCCCCGUCUACCCUCGGCGAAGAAUAAAAUAUCGGUAUCGUAAUCUGAUAGAAACGGACAGGAAGCCUAAAGAGGAGACCGAAUCUUUCUCGCUUUUCUUGACGACGCCGAGAUUGUCCAUGAUGCUGGGCAACAUCGUCGACUCGAAGAUAGUCGUCGUGGGUGCCUCCGAUUGCGGUGUCGCGUUCGUGGAACAACUUGCUCUUGGCUGCAAUUUCAUACGAUUCGCGAAUCUCACUUUGAUAUCGCCGAACGGUUUGCCGUACGACAAUAAUUACGGCGAUUUGUGCGAUCGCAUGAUACCCUUCACAGGCCGAUACUGUCGAAAAUAUCGUAAGGAGCUUCCCACGCGUGUGUGGAUCAACAUCGUGUACGGAACGGUUACAACGAUUAACAGGAAGGAGAAAUACGUGACCGUGUUCGGUCAAGGGAACAUCACGUACGAUUAUUUGAUCUUGACCUGCGGGAUGCAGUAUCAGAAGCCCAAGUUUCAAGAAGAAUUGGAACUCGAGAAAAACGGACAAUUUUUCGAUAUCGAGGUGCCUUGGAACAUGUUGACGAUCAACGACGACACGGAAGCGGCCGUGUGCCUGGAGAAGAUAAAAAAGCUGACGGAAAAUUUGAAAAAGAAAAGUUAAUCGACGAGAGGAUGGAAUACGAGAAUACGA